AUGCGACAAUUGGCUUACGUUAUCCACUCCAAAGUCCAAACUCUUCAAAUUCUCACCCCUACAGCAAAUCCUUCACACCCUCCAAUGGCGACCUCUAUUUCUGCUCUCACUUCAUCCUUAUCCUCCCUCUCAUUUUCCUCCCAAAUUUCUCAAAAGCCUGUAUUUCAAUCCCUUUCCUUCCCUUACUCAAAAUCUCUCUCUUUCAAAACCCCCAACCUCACCAUCGCCGCCGCCGCCGCCGUGGAAACGGCCGAUUUGAAGACACUAGUGAAGUCUCGACUUCCGGGUGGUUUCGCGGCGCAGAAUAUCAUCGGCACGGGACGAAGGAAAAAUGCAAUUGCACGAGUUGUUCUCCAAGAAGGCUCUGGGAAAAUUAUCAUUAACUACCGCGAUGCCAAUGAAUAUCUUCAAGGCAAUCCCCUCUGGCUGCAGUAUGUUAAGACUCCAUUGACGACUUUAGGCUACGAGAGUAGCUAUGAUGUUUUUGUCAAGGCACAAGGUGGAGGACUUUCUGGGCAGGCUCAAGCAAUUUCCCUUGGAAUUGCUCGAGCUUUGCUAAAGGUGAGUGAGAGCCAUAGAUCACCACUAAGGGAGGAAGGUCUCCUGACCAGGGACUCGAGAGUAGUCGAGAGGAAGAAGGUUGGGCUUAAGAAAGCUAGAAAGCGCCCUCAAUUCUCAAAACGUUGA